AUGUCGCAGACACCGCUCAACCCCCAAGUUGAUCCCAGGCAGAUGAAGAAGAAGAAGAAAAUUCUGAUCGUUGGGACUGGGGCUGCUGGGAUGUCUACGGCCCAUCAUCUCUCCCAGAAACCCGAAGAGUUCGACAUCACUGUGAUCGACGCGGUCGACUACUGCGGCGGACAAGCUUUCUCUGUGCCCUUGGACAAAUCUCGCCAUGGAGCGAGCUGGUUCAAUCAAGGUGUCCAGGGCGGGAGUUACAUAUUCCACCAUACGCUCACCAUGUUCGCUCAGCAAGGCUACCACGCCGACCCCGUGAACCUUCAAGUCUCCUUCGGCAAAGACGAGACUUUUUGGACCAACGUAUUCCCCACCGACCUACUCGCACGGCACCAAAAGGAAGUGAAGCGUUUUGUUUUUGCACUGAAACUCAUGCGCUGGUUUGAGAUCUUCUUCGCCCUUAUGCCGCUGCGCCUAUUCCUCAAGUUGUGGAUGUUCUCAGAGGAGUUUACAAACACGGUGGCGCUGCCCAUGACGGCCUUGUUCCUUGGCACUGGCAACGAAACGCCUAAUGUCCCAGCCAUCAUGCUCGAACGUCUCUGCACUAGUCCUACAUACGGCAUGUGGUAUCCGCCGGACCGGGUCAGCAUCGCGAGCAACCUGCCUCCCAUGGUCGUCUUCCCCAACUACAGUGAGUUCUAUGAGACAUGGAGGAAGGACCUCCUGUCUCGCGGCGUGAGGGUUCGACUAUCCACCGAGCUUGUGGCUGUCUUAUACCGUGACUCGUUGGGCGUCAUCGUCUCCUUGAAGAACCGUACCCCGGCUCCUGACGGACACAACCCGGUCAACGGUGACCCUGAUGCUCCCACCUACGAAGAGCACUACGACGAGCUGGUCCUGUGCUGUCUCGCAGACACGGCGAAACGGCUUCUGUCGCGCACUUCAAGCUGGGGCGAGAGAAAGGUUCUCGGCAGCGCCAAAUUCUCCGACGACAUGACCAUCACGCACACCGAUGCCGAUUACAUGAAGAAGCACUACCAAAAUUUCUACGACGAAAAGCUGGCCGUCAAGUCCCUUUCGGGGGCUGACCAGACGCCGCGCUGCGAGUUUGCCACGUCCCACUUCCGCCCGAUGUACUACAUCAAGAUGUACGAGGAGGACCAGUCAAAGCUGGAGAUGUGUUUCGACACGACCAACUACCAAGCACAAUUCCCGGAACAAGUGCCGUUCAAAGACCACGUCUUCCAGACCAUCUAUCUCAACAAGGCGCGUGACAGGCAUCUCUGGACCGACCAUGAAAUCGACGACGCCAAAGUCCUCCGCAAGGAUUGGUGGCAUCAGCUCUGCCACAGCUACACGCAUUACUUGUUCGUCGUGCCGUGGCUCAUGUUCCUGCAGGGCAAGCGCCGCGUGCGCUACGCCGGCAGCUGGACCCUGGUCAACGCCCACGAGGUCGCCAUCAUCUCCGGCAUCGCUGCCGCCGUCGACCUCGGCGCCGAGUACCCCGAGGACUUGGAGAACGACAAGUUCGCCUUUCUGUCGUUUCGCCUGUACUAUUUGUUGGUGUAUGGCAAAUGGUAUCGACGACGCUACACGGCCAAGGGGACCGGCACGAGCGGAGAAAGCAAGUCGGCUAAAGCCGGCAAGUCUUGGGCGGGCGGGCUCUAUGGCAGUGUGUACCAGGGGCCCGGGGUGGCCAAACAGGAGCGCACGACGUGGAGGGAGGAAAUGAAGAUUGGCAGGAGCACGAAGAACUUGGCCGAUGGCAAUACCAACACUGAGGGAGCAAGUCGGCUUUGA